AUGUCUAGAAUUGGACUUUUCGGUCAAAUAUCAGAGGUAACAGAGCAUUUGUAUCUUUCGGGCGCUGGCGUCCUCAAGCCAGAAAAACUAAAACAGAAGCAGAUCACUUGCAUUAUCAACGCUACCAUAGAGGAACCGAAUGCUUAUAUACCUGGAAUCGAUUAUUUGAAAAUCUCGAUUGAAGAUAACCCGGUUGCGAGAAUCGAUCAGUAUUUUGACUUUGUUGCAGAUAAAAUCAAAGCGAUAAAGGAUCGCGGUGGUAAAACUCUAGUGCACUGUGUGGCCGGGGUAUCACGUUCGGCAUCAUUAUGUAUCAUUUAUUUGGUGAAGUAUGAACGAAUGUCAUUGCGUCAAGCAUAUCAUUAUGUUAAAUCGGCACGACCAAUUAUACGGCCGAAUGUUGGCUUCUGGAAACAAAUGAUUGACUACGAACGCAAAAUUCGAGGUGCAUCGUCGGUUUCUAUGAUUACAUCAAAUCAGUGCGAUUUGGCCAUUCCGGAUGUUUACUGUAGUGAACUGAAGAAGCGAAUCGUGCAGAACAAGAGCAAUCCAAAGCACAUAACCACUGGAUUAAUCUCCAUGCAGAGUUUGUUCAGCGGAAGGAGUUCAUUACCUUCUUCAUUGUCAACUAUGACAUAUCGCCGCUCGGGCUCGCCAACAGCAAUAUCCUCAUCUUUCGUGCCAUCAUUUCCAUCCCGAUAUUCGAGUGUUUCAUUGCUCAAUCCAGCUCCAACACGACGUCGUGGUUCAAGUUCAUUGUUUGAGAAUUUGUACCAUUCAGAAUUUUCAGCGUUCUGA